AUGAUAAUAAUGAUGUUUAAUUUUAGUGACUACUUGUUUAAGAUUUUGUUGAUAGGCGAUUCUGGUGUUGGAAAGUCUUGUUUGUUAUUACGAUUUGCUGAUGGCAAUUAUACGGAUAGUUAUAUCUCUACGAUAGGAGUAGAUUUUAAGAUUAAGACGAUAAUGUUGGAAGAUAAAAAAGUGAAGUUACAAAUUGUAAGUUGCAACCAAGAGUGUGUGCACGAGUUUGUGCACGAGUUUGUGCACGA